AUCAUAGCUGCUAGGUCAUUAACUUGAGAUAUUGUAAUAUUCUGCACAACCACUCCAAAAAUCCACUUUGGAAAAAAAAGCAAAAUCUCGAUUACAGACCCCACACGAGAAGUGCGUGUUGUGUCGUCCUAAAAUAGCAUCGUGUCGACUGAUUUUAAUUUGUCAGUCGGUGCGAACCUAACAUGAUUUGAUGGCUGACGGCCAAAACCCAGCGCAAUUCCCUUCAUUAACUUGUCACCUGACUCCGUCCGUUGACAGCAAAAAUUUCCUCGUUUGGCGGUUUUCGUGUACAGGUUAUAUGUAAUCUAAGGUGAUCUUGUUGCUACUUCUCUCAGGCGGAAGUUACUAGCACAUCCCCGUCCUUUGCUUCAGCACGUACAGGAUCAGGACAACAUCUUCAUCUACUCUCUCUGAAUAAAGCAAGAUUUGUGUUGAAAGCAGCGGUGAGUCGCAGUUAAGUCCCAUCCCAACUCAUUAAAUCACGUCUUUGAAUGUCGUCUCAAGAUAAUUCGAGUUAAAUGAAAAUCGGAAUAGCUUUCCCGUGACAUUGACUCUUGGGAGAGAUAAAUCACUUGUUGGGGUUAUUGAGGGUUUCCUUUACUCAUUCCUUUCCAGUGCGACACGUGGACCUCCCACUCACAUGACCCUACGUCGGUUUCAUGCUGUAUGUGUCUCUCAUCUUAGUAGAUUAUCGUUUCUUUUUCAAAGCCGUGAGAUCUGCCUAUAGCGGUAUUUGAGGUGCCGGUGGGAGCUUUGAACAACAAUCAUUUAUGAUCCCUACGAGUAUCUUGGAUUCUGUUCAGUUUUCCGGAAGUUUCACUUGAAGUUAAAGAGCGUCUUUGCGACGCACCCACAUGAAAGGUCAAGGGAAUAAUUUUCCCGUGUCAUAGGAACGAUCGCUUUAAAAGUGAUGGCAUGCAAAAACGUGUGAUGAUAAGUUCGUCAGCCCCAUUUUGAAAACGAAGAAAGCUUUGGGGUCUUCAGCAACACUUGUCCUGUAAGGGAAACGGAAAACAAAGCUCGAGCUUCACUUCGUGGUGUUCGCCAGUCAGUCAAGUCGAUUUUUUCGAUAUCAAGUUUUGAAGACAUCGUUUUUCACCUCUCACUAAACCAGUCAGUCGAAGCGGGGUUAACAUGACUUUGGUAAAAUAUUUUGCUGUCGCGAGCUUGCUGUGUUGGGCUCUACAACUUCCUGAUCUUGUUUGCUCGUCUCGACAAAGGAUUAAGCGAGUGCUAUUCCCUUCUUCUCCAAAAAGAGGUGUUAAUGUGUCGAACAAACAAGAAGUGCACAAGGAUGUGAUGGACGACCAUGAAGAUUUUCCACCCCUUAGCUUUUACAUCCAAGACGUGAACAUCACCUCUUUGCAGAGAACUAACCAAACUAGCUCACUGGGGUUGAACUAUACUGAUUCUAAUGAGCUGGAUUUCGACGGAUUACCUAUAUCAGUCAAUGACUCCAUAAUGGACAGCUUACCUAGGCUUAACUAUGAAACUUUUUGGUCCAAUGGCAGUCUAACGCUCACCUUGGUGGAGCUUAAAAAGGUUGAGGGGAUAAGAAACGCGACUCAUGAUGUGUGGAGCAGGAUGGCAGACUUUGAGCUAGAAGUCCCCAGUGUGGUUCCCAGUGACUUGGACGAUGGAAACGACCUUACUAACACCAGCCAACAUCGGCGAAAAAGAGAGGUAUUUGGUCCAGAUGAUCGAAUUAAAGUCCGCCACGUCAAUUCCAGACGGCUCCCAUACUCUGCAGUUGUGAGGAUAUCCACUGGCUGUACAGGCACCCUUAUCUCAGAAUACCAUGUGCUGACAGCGGCACAUUGCGUUCAUGAUGGCAUGAAUUACCUCGUCGAUGUAAAGAACUUAAAGGUGCUGGUCUUGAGGCAUCAAGGAAAGGUCAUCAAAAUUGGGGUCGACUUCGUCAAAGUCCCGCGAGGAUGGACUCUCUCUCGGGAUUAUCGCUACGACUAUUCCGUCAUAAGACUCAAACGGGCGCACAACAAUGACUUUCUGGGCAUGUAUGAGAUACCUGCCGCCCUAGAUAUCCGAAUAAAAAUCCAGUUUGCUUCUUUUCCCUUCGACAAAGAAGAAAACACUCUGUGGUACUCGAAUUGCGCAGCUCAUUGUCGUAGUCACGCCAUCAUCAAUCGAUGCGAUUCCAAGGCCGGAAGCUCUGGUGCAGGAAUUUACGCCCUGAUGAGAAAAGGUAAAGCAGUAGAACGAUUCGUGUUCGGAGUAUUUACUGGUUUGGGGAGCCGCGUACGGUUUCGUGGGAAAAUGCGUCUCAUGAACAUAGGCACGAAGAUUACACCUGUGAAGUUAGCGCAAAUUCGUGCCUGGAUGGGUCUGCCUCCAAGAAGACAUAAAGGUUCAAUCGACCAAAAAGCCAAAAUGCCUGUCUCUCCUAACCAUUAAAACUAGAGAAGGUUCUCAAUCAACUCAAAGGAGUAGCUAUGGAAACUUUACGUAACGGCCGUUCCCGUGAACAUGGUGGUCACGUGAUUUUGUCUUUGUACUGAGCAAUAGGGUUAUGAUACUCCACGUUAUCAAUCAGUUAUUAUCAGUUUCAAAAAAAUCUUUCAGUUUUGCGAUGGAAUAUCUAAAAGACAGACGUCUAAACAGACAUUUGUACCGGAAACAUAUACCAAAGAGCCUCGACUUCGGGAACAAGAUUGAGGUUUGUGGACUCAGUUCCAAACACACGUGUCAGGCAUAUUCAAUUUAUACGAACUAGAUAUUCUAAAAUCAGGCGUAUGCGCGUAGAUUGGGACCAACCCCGUUCAACGCAUUCCGGUUUUUUCUGAAAUUCCAUUUUAUAGCAUGGGUUUCACGACAAAGCUAAGAUAGCGACUGCGCAUGCUCAAGGUAGUCUUAAGGAAGCAGACAGUAACGCUCAUUGGUCGAAAAAACAAGUGCACAUACCAACACGCGAGCUCAAGGCAUGCGUGAUUGCAGUCCCACAACACACGCCUGAUUUUAGAGUAUCCUUGUUUUAAAGAAAAACAUUUUGUUGUCCGAGCAAGCGUGGCAUUUUGAGGUUUGAUAGUCGAUGAACUUCCGCUUUCAACAUUUCAUGUCUGUUUAACAUGUAUUAUACGAAAAUUACUCGAUCUGAUUCCUUCGAGCUAGUUAUCAAUCUGUAACUACAGUUAUGUAAUCUGUGGCAUCGAGUCAAAUAUCAAUUUGAUUAUCUUUCACUAUUAUAUACAAGAAUUCCUUAAAUAUCGGCUGCUUCCACGAGUAAGAUUGAGGGCAAGAAUAAUACUAUAUUAGCUUAUUUAACUGAAUUUAACUUAGUCAAAAUGAAUGGCAAAUAAGUUGGAUUUAUAUAAGAACAAACUUUGCUUAUGAAUUUAAACAAUAAAAUAGCUCGCCCCGGGCUCUCGGUUAAUGAGGCCAGCACGAACAAGGGUGAGCUGGGGAAAGAAACUCACCCGGCUAGUCUUUCCGGUUUUCCUAUUAGUCGCCCAAUUUACCAAUGGCCCAGGACGGGCCUUUUCGUGUAUACAAUGUUAUUAUAACAUCUGCUGUGAGGAUAACUUAACCUCCAAAUUAUUUCACUUUCUAUUGUACUCAACUUCUUCGCAUUUUAGAAAAAAAAAUAUGAUUUCAUUGCUUUUAUCAGUAAGUAAUUGCAUAUGUUUAUCGUGAAACAAACAAAAUGAAUAUCUUAUUUGUUGCGCUCUUUUA